CAUCCGGUCACUCAGUCACCUCACCCGCUCAGCUGAACACGAACGCCUCGCUGUGUGCUAGUUUGUGUGAAUGUGCGAAGACAGCUUUUAAUACCCGAGGAUUUUGCUUAUAUAAAGGCACUUCCUGUCAGGUGGCCAGGUAAAGGAACGUAACGUUCAACACCCAACAACAUCGCUAUGGCCUAUUCAGACGCCCAGGAGAAGGGCCCAGAUCCCUUGCCAAUGCCAGUGAAGAGGUCUGACACAGCGUGGAAUGGCUACAGGUUCCUGGUGGUGAUGGGCGUCCUCGCCAGCGUCCUGAUCUACACCAUGGGCGCCAUCCUUACUGGCAUCGCCUACAGGACCAUGGACAGCAGAGCCAACUGCACGCGCGCCGGCCUGGACGGCCCUCAGGCCCAGACUGUGAUCUCGAUUCACGGCUUCAACACGUCCCUCGUCGUGGUCGGCCCUUGCUUCAUGGCCGCCGGCGGGGCCAUCGUCGCCUUCAUCAUCUUCCAGUGGUGCUUCUGCCGGCCGGUGAUUAGGGAAUAGUGGCCACAUUCAUUAUACCUCGGCCUCUGUUAGCCAUCUAUUUUCUCUCCUCUCUCUCUCUCUCUCUCUCUCUCUCUCUCUCUCUCUCUCUCUCUCUCUCUCUCUCUCUCUCUCUCUCUCUCUCUCUCUCUCUCAACCAAA